GCAGGUCGGGCGGAAGUUGCGUCCCCAGCAGGCUGUCAUCGGAGCCGCUUAGCCGCCUGCUGCUCUAAAACAACAAGUGAAAUUCACCGUUAAAAAGCGCCGCAAAGUGCAAAGUCAGACUAGCUCCGACAGGAAUAUGGAGGACGACGUGCUGACGACUCUGAAGCUGUUGAUAAUUGGCGAAAGCGGAGUCGGAAAGUCCAGUCUCCUCCUGAGGUUCACAGAAGAUACCUUUGACCCAGAGCAGUCUGCGACGAUAGGUGUGGAUUUCAAAGUAAAGACGCUCUCAAUAGAUGGGAACAAAGCAAAGCUCGCCAUAUGGGACACCGCCGGACAGGAAAGGUUUCGCACCCUGACGCCCAGCUACUACCGCGGUGCACAGGGAGUCAUACUUGUAUAUGACGUCACGAAGCGCGAGACUUUCACAAAGCUCGAAAACUGGCUGAAUGAACUGGAAACCUACACGACACGCAAUGACAUCGUAAAGAUGCUCGUCGGGAACAAAAUCGACCGGGACGACCAUGAAGUGGACAGAAAUGAGGGACUGAAAUUUGCUCGGAAACACUCCAUGCUUUUUAUUGAGGCCAGUGCAAAGACCAAAGAUGGCGUCCAGUGUGCCUUUGAGGAGCUUGUGGAGAAGAUCCUCCAGACUCCGGGGCUCUGGGAGAGUGAAAGCCAGGGUCAGAAGGUCCGUCUGGGGGAACAGGAGCCGGGCAGUGGCCGGGCAUGUGGAGGAUACUGUUCCAUACCCUGAAACUGGACGGAAGGAAAAAAAAGCACUAAAGUGAUGGGAAUGACUACAGACCAGAAACGGAGAGAGAGAGGGGGAGAGAGAGAGGAGGAGGGGAGGAGGAGGAUGGGGGGGGUGUGAAUGAACUGGAUGAGUACUUCUUUUACUUUAAAAAGGUUUAUUGUUGGAGUAGUUCUGUCCAUCUAAAGAACUUUGCUGUUUGCACACUUCCUUUUCUACUAUCAUCUGUCACUACUUUCUGUCUAACAUGAACGAAAGGAUCAUGCAAACACAACCUCUUGCCUGAGGAAGUAUAGCCUUUUAAAUUGACAUAACAACGCCAAGUGCACGUCUGGUUUGAAUUUAACUUAAUGGCAGCGGUGAUUCUGUUGUGCAUUAAGGCAUCAGGUUAAUAGCGUAGUGCCUAUUACAUGAACCAAUUUGUAGGUUACAGUACACAGCGUUCCAAAUUUUACCCAAAAUAGUUCAUUAUAAUCAAGACAGGAGUCCCCUGAAGGUCUAAAUCUAGCGGCAGAGUUACAGUUAAAAUGUUCUAGAAGACCUAUCUUUCUAAGCAUUAUUACACAAACAACACAUCACUUGGAUUGCAGAUAGUGGUGGAAGAGACUUCUUUUCAUGAGUGAUCUGUCAUAAUGCACCACAACACUGUGAAUGCUCCCAAACAAGACCUUUCACGAUGGACCCCGGUUCCUGAAACCAGUUUAUUUUUCACUGUUAAUCCAGUCCAGCGCUUCAGAACCUAUAGAGGCUUUCAAAUGAGCCUAUUUGUUUCUUUCUCUCUUCCUCUUUACAUUGAAAUAUGCAAGACAAGUAGCCAUCUGGAUCUCAUAGGAUUUGUUGCAACUAAACCUUUUCUUUGUCUUUGCAUGUCUGACCUGGACCAUAACUUCCACAAGUAUAAGGUUUACGGUAAUAAGAGCUCGAUAACAUAUGCUCUCUUACUCACUUUAAUGCACAACUUUCUUUUGCCUCUCUGAUGCCUGGUAAAACAGCAAGCCGUUUGUACAUUUAAUCUCAGCUUGGCUCUCUUACCCGUUUAUUUAUCAGUUUCUGUGUGGUGCGAUGUCCCACUGACUUAUUGAAGGCAUUAUACACAUUAUAGUAUGAGAGCAUUCCUAAGAGCUUCCUGUCCACGGUCUAGUAUUGAUUUCAUGUAUUGUUGCUGUUUGUUCAAAUUCCUUUUUCUUGUUUGAAAUCCUGUCAACCUUUUUAUUCCUGUACUUCUUCCUGUUGCUUUUGCUGUGCGCCUACUUGAAUCAUAUUCAGCGAUAUGUUAAAUUGAUAUCUGCCUUAAGAGGGAAUGACAUGUGUUGGAGUUAUGGUCCGGUGACCGUUGUAUUGUUUCAAACUGAAAUAAAUGACAACCUCAAG